UUCUGUCGACACCGGAACACAGAGGAAACAAACAUGGCGAAUCUCGUGGAUGCGACAACCCAGCAGCAGUUUGAAGAUUUCCUGGCCAAAGCGGGAAAAUGCCUGACUGUGGUACAUUUCAAGGCGACGUGGUCUGCUCAGUGCGACGCAAUGAACGACGCGAUGGCCGAGCUGGCCAAGGAACACGCGCACACCACGUUUGUCAGACUGGAGGCAGAAGCGAUUCCGGAGGUGUCGGAGAAGUAUGAAAUCAGCGCCGUCCCCACUUUCGUUUUCUUCAAGGGAGGGGAGAAGGUCGACCGCCUGGACGGAGCCAAUGCCCCGGAGCUGAGCAGGAAGGUGCAGCGCCUGGCAGUCAGCGGGAGUCCGGGUGGAUCUGCGGAAAGCGGCGCCGCAGACCUGAACCAGCGGCUGAAGAAGCUCAUAAACGCGGCGCCCUGCAUGCUCUUCAUGAAGGGGUCCCCGCAGGAGCCUCGCUGCGGCUUCAGCCGGCAGAUACUGGGUAUACUGGCGGAGCACAAAAUCCAGUUCAGCAGCUUCGACAUCCUUUCUGACGAGGAGGUCCGACAGGGGCUGAAGACCUACUCCAACUGGCCCACCUACCCUCAGCUGUAUGCCAACGGGGAGCUGGUGGGAGGACUGGACAUUGUGAAGGAGCUGGCUGAGUCUGGAGAGCUGGAGAACACCUGCCCGAAAGCCGUCACCUUGGAGCACCGUCUCAAGACCAUCAUCAACCAGAGCCCAGUCAUGCUCUUCAUGAAGGGGAACAAGGAGGGCGCAAGAUGCGGCUUCAGCAGGCAGACACUGGAGAUUUUGAACGAAACCGGAGUAGAUUAUGACACGUUUGAUAUCCUGCAGGAUGAAGAGGUGCGUCAGGGGCUCAAGACCUAUUCUAACUGGCCAACCUACCCACAGCUGUACGUGAAAGGAGACCUGAUAGGAGGAUUGGACAUAAUCAAGGAGCUGAAGGGGAGUGGAGACCUCGUGUCAGUGCUGAAGGGGGAGUAGGUGAAAUUGCCAAGCCAUCAGAGAGGGGAAAAGAAGCUACUGCACAUGCUCAGACAAGCCCUGUGUCCCUGAUCUAACAUGAGGGCCAGGAGGUGAAAUAUUAGAUUUAAUAAACAAACUGUUCCACAUACAGUACUGUGCAAAAGUCUUAGGCCACCGUAGUUUUUUUGUUUUGGCAAAGAAGUAAUGAGGAUAUAUAUUCAUUUCUUAGUGUUUUUCGUACGCACAACGCACUAAAACACCAAAAACUCAUAAAUAAAAUUCUUCAGACUAAAGUCAAUAUUUAGUGUGAAACAUGGAAUUAUACAGCUACAACAAAAGAUAGCUCAAACAUC